AUGGCAAUUGAGCCAGGGAAGUGGGCAGGGGCAGAAGGAGGGGGUGAAGAAGAAUCAAUGAAAGUUGAAACGGACAAGAGUGGAAUGAAAGGUGGAAUCAGAUUCAGAGCGUAUAAAAGCCUUCUGACCUGUUUCGAUACCAAUCGGGAUGCAGACGGCUGUAAUGCGAAUGAAGAUGGAAUAGGAAAAAAAGUGGAAAGUGACAUACCACCUUGGCGAAGAUAUAUCGGUCGAGUUUUCCUUCAGUUCCCUUCGCCGAUAGGUGAGUAUACCCCCAAGGACGAAUGGGAUAUAUACUCUAGGAUACUAUCUACGACGUUCUUGGGAUUUAGCGAUAUUCCUAUCGGAAGUGAUGUAGAGGUUAUCGAUCUAUCCAAGUCAACAGCGAGUGAAUCUAGGUCGAUAGAUGAGAUGAGCUUUGAGAUCGAUUUGAAUCCAUCUAGAGGGCUUGUGGGGCCGGAUGGGGAGCAAGGUGGGGAUGUACUGUAUGAUGAACCUAUACGAGAAGCGGUAGAAGUAGAUCAAGGUAGAUCAAACAAUCAAGAAUGCUGGAACUGUUUAUCGACUGGACAUGCCUACUUGUCAUGUCCUCAUCCUAAGAAUCACAUGAUGAUCAGACAUUCUCGAGAUGUCUUUCUGUACAAGAAAGAUUACGCUAUGCCGGAAUACGUCCAACCUGCCUUCGAUAUGUAUCUCAGCAUGAAAGUCACCGAGGAAGAGAAAUUGAGGAGAUUAGAGCUACUCGAUCAAUUUGGACUUCCAACAGGGACAUUAUCAGAGAUUCUACAAGAUGCUAUUUCUUUCAUACCUCCGGAUGACGAUAUUUAUGAAGAAGGACAAGAGGAAGAAGGAUACCUGAUUAGAGAGAAGAUGGAAGUGAAAAGGAGAAGAAAAAGAUGGGAUUGGUAUGACGGUAUGAUGAGGUGGGGUUAUCCACCUGGCUGGAUAACUGCUAAAGAUCCCAUACAAGAAACUAGACGGCGUAUAGAGUUACUUGAGAUUUUUACAAAGGCGUUUGAAUAUAAUAAGGAGGAAGAUGAUGACGAUCAACUGGAGAUAUAUGGUGGGGAUCUCGGUGCUUCACCACCAGGUUCUUCGCAUGAUGACGUGGGCUCUUCGUCCGAAGACGCAUCAGAAUCAUCCUCUUCUGGAUCCACUCAUGAUGACAACAACGAUCAUGGUAUGGUCGAUAUGGAUAUUGACGACCAUGAACAUAAUUCAGAUUCGGUUCCUGUUAGACUUGAAAACGUUAGGGAAUUAUCAAUCAACGAAUUUCAACCACCUUCACCUAUCUCUCAUCCUAUCAAAGAACCUCCCCCCUCACCGAGACCUCCUGCCUCACCAUGUCCACCUCCUCCAAUGGACGAUAGACCACCCACACCUCCAUUCCCACCUCCCCCCUCGCCUGAUAUCCCACUUCCCCCACCACCGGAUGAUAUCCCUUCUCCCCCUCCUGCUCCGCCUGCACCGCCUUCACCCACUUCUCAUCCUAAUCCAUAUCUUCGACAACACUAUGCACUUCAAUCGCAGCGGAAAGAUUUCGCUUCUCCGCCAACUGCACCUCGAAACCUCAAUCCUCACAUCUACAGUCCCAAUGAAUUGAGAAGGCUUGAAAAUCAUUCAUCCCAUCUAGGUACACAAUACCAAACACCGAUAUCUCAACCUCGUUCAGGUACCGAUGCAGUCUCACAUAUUCCGCACUCACCUGUAUCCCAUAGCUUACCAUCCAUGCCUAAAGCUAUGAGAUCGUUUCCAACACCUCGAAGAUGGGUUAAAUACCAUACGGACCUAUUUGACUCGGAAAGGUUGAUACCGUAUUUCGAAGGUAGACCUUUCCCUAUCGGACGUUAUUGA